AUGGUUGCUAUAACCUACAACAUUUCAAUAUUUCCUGAUUUCGAGCCCAUAGAACAUUUUGAUCCAACUGUUGAUUGUCGUGAUCCAUCUUCCUGCGAGCACGUGGCUUGGCUCUUUGUGAGUAUCGAUAUUUUUCAAUUUAAUUAUCUAGCUCCAUUAUUCGCUACGAUAUUUGAUUUCUUGGUUCAAGUUAUAAAUGUCGGAAUUUUAUUGAAGCGAAAAUAUCUGAAGAAUGGUCCAUUCUUCAAAAUCUUGCUUAUUAUGUCUACUAGUGUUAUACUGCGAUGUCUACAUAAUGUUGUGAAUUAUAGCUGCGCAGCUAUUUUUAGCGUGGGUUCUUCAACCUAUAAAACUUCUCUAAGAAAUGCAGUGUAUUCUGAUUUCUUCUUCAGUUUUUUCCUAGUCACUUUAAUUUUUCUAAUGUCUCUAAAUCGAUGUUUAUGUUUCGUUUCCAAAGAUUGGAAUGAUUUGAUCUUUGAAGAAUAUCACUAUCUUAUCCCAGUUUUUCUAUCAUUUUCAAUUUCACUUAUAGCAACAAUAAUCAGUAUUCAAUCUUCAAAAAUCAAACGAGUAUUUCAAGACUCUACUGGAUUUAUCGAUUACAGUGAAAAUUUGGAUGGCUAUAAUACAAUGAUUGUUAGGAUGUUCUACAUAUUUCCAAUCGGAUCAUCAAUUUGCUAUAUUGUUUUAUUUCGAUUUAUGAGACGAAAAUCUAGAAUGGCAUUAACUUCUAAAAACGCCGGACAAAAAAUAUUCACACAACUUUUGGUCACAGUUAUCUUCUACGGACUCAUGUGUAUCUUCUACGAAGCUGUUGUCAGUCUAGAUGACUUUUUGGAUAUAAAUCAAAUAUCUAAAUUGAUAUCACUGCUGAAUAUUAUAAACAAUUUACCCGAAAUCGCAUUACCUUUUAUGCUUUUGAUUUCACGACUUGAUUUAUGCAAAAAAUCUACUAAAGUUCAGGCAAUAAGUAGUACAACCGCUUCUAAUAUUGUUAGAUAA